AUGCCACUAGAAUUCGUGCAUAGUGAAAAAGUAAAAAAAAAAUUUAUUGACGUAAAAGAAGUGACUACGGAAGCUAAAAAUUACUGGAAAUGGGAUCAAUAUAAAAAUCUUGUAUGUCUCGCACACGGCAUCUGGCCAAAUGACAAAUAUUUCCGCACUUAUGCACCACUGAAUCCAAAUUUUUUGGUAGACUUCGUCAUCCUUAAUAACUAUCAAAUUACACACAAUGAUGGUCAAUUCCUUAUGUAUGAAAAUGAUCCGGAAUUCACCCUCAAUUUCACGAAUGAUUUCGUCGUUAGCUUUUUUCACCCAAAUGACAUUAUAGAAAGUUUUGAACAACUAUCGGAAGAUUUUCCAGAGAAAGCUCAACUUGUUUUAGACUAUUUUGAGAACACUUGGAUUGGAAGAUCUAAUCGGCGUCAACAACGCAGACCUCUACGUUUUGCAUACGACCUGUGGAACUGCUACAAUGCUACUUUCAACGGCUUGCGAAGGGUGGCACAGAGCCUUUAG